AUGAACGUUGCAGAUAGAGGAAUGCAUAUAAUUCUCUUAUAUUUGAGAAUGAAUGCUUAUACAAUUCUAUCAAUUUAAAUGCUGACUAAAGUUAAUCAAAUAUGUUCAAGUAGAAAAUAAUAUCAAAUUUUAGAUGAUGGACUAUAAUUUUAAUCUAUUUCUUUUAAAGGUGCAUGUUUUAUGAUAAUUCUCAAUUUAAUAGCAUUUGUAUAUGUGAAAGCUAAAGAUAAAAUGCAAGUUUCUGAUAAUUUUUUGUUAGCCUUCUUAAACAUAUGUUGGGGAAUUAUAGAAUUUAUGAAGAUUUAUCAAACUACUGAAAUAAAUAUUAACGAAUGUGAAUAUGUCAUUAAUAUACAACAAUUAACAUUUUAUUUUUAGACAACAACUGCUUUAUGGGUAACUUAAUGAAAUUGAUUUAGGUUGUAUUAGGAUUCUUUUUCAGUUAGAUUGUUAUAAGAAUAACAAGCCUACCUAUAACUUGCAUUUCAUUAUAUCUAAUAUUAGUAAAUUAAAAAUUAAGUUGUUUGGAAGAUAAUAUUUAUUAUUUAAUGAUUUUUUCAACAGUAUGGUUAAUUGUAUUAGGAAUUCCAUAUAAUUUUUUUAUGAGUGCAAAUAAAAGAGUAACAGGACCUUAUAAAUUCUUAAUAACAAUUGGAAUUCUUAUUUAGAUAUCAAUAUGUGGUAUUAAAUGUAUAUUAAAAUAUAGUUUUGAUUUAUAUGUAAGGAUUAAAUUAUAAAGAUGAUACAUGUCAAACAGCAUAUAGUGCUAAAGAAAUAUAUAUGGUUAUUUCUGUAUUACAAUUAAUACUCUUACUAAUAUAUUUUAUAUAUUAUAAAGUAAACAUUUUGAAUUUAAAAUUAGAAAUUCGAAAAUGAAAGAAAGAAUUAAGAAAUAGUCAAAGAAUUAGUUAAUUUAUCAACAACAUCUACUAAAUUAACAAAUACAAAGUAUUCUAUAAAAAUAUGA